GUAUCACCAUAUAUGUAGACCAUCAAGGAGAAUGUCAGCUGACAACUACUCCUGAGCCUUGCACUUGUCCGCGCCAUAUCCGCAAAGUGUGCGGUACUGAUGGAAACACAUACCAGAACCAAUGCCUCCUGCAGUGUGCUGCUAGAGACCAAGGAACGACCAUAUACGUAGAUCAUCAAGGAGAGUGUCAGGACACAACUACUCCAGAACCCUGUAAUUGUCCUCAUCACAUCAACACCGUGUGUGGUACUGAUGGAAACACAUACCCGAAUGAAUGUCUGCUAGACUGUACUGCUAGGGAACAAGGUACCAGUAUUCGCGUGGACCAUGACGGAGAAUGCCAGGACACAUCUACGCCUGAACCCUGCAACUGUCCACGUCAUAUCAGCAAGGUGUGUGGUACCGAUGGAAACACGUACCAGAAUCCGUGCCUACUGGAGUGUGCUGCUCGAGAACAGGGAACUACCAUCUACGUAGAUCAUCAAGGAGAGUGUCAGGACACAACUACUCCAGAACCCUGUAAUUGUCCUCGUAACAUCAACACCGUGUGUGGUACUGAUGGAAACACAUACCCGAACCAAUGUCUGCUAGAAUGUACUGCUAGGGAACAAGGUCUCAGUAUCCGUGUCGAUCAUCAAGGAGAAUGUCAGGACACAACUAUUCCAGAACCCUGUAAUUGUCCUCAUCACAUCAACACCGUGUGUGGUACUGAUGGAAACACAUACCCGAAUGAAUGUCUGCUAGACUGUACUGCUAGGGAACAGGGUCUCAGUAUCCGUGUCGAUCAUCAAGGAGAGUGUCAGGACACAACUACUCCAGAACCCUGUAAUUGUCCUCAUCACAUCAACACCGUGUGUGGUACUGAUGGAAACACAUACCAGAACGAAUGUCUGCUAGAAUGUACUGCUAGGGAACAAGGCAUCGCCAUACACGUAGACCACCAGGGGGCAUGUCACGUAACAACCACUCCUGAACCAUGUGCUUGCCCGCGCUACGUCCGCAAGGUGUGUGGUACGGAUGGAAACACCUACCUCAAUCCCUGCCUGCUGGAAUGCGCUGCAAGGGACCAAGGCGGCACCAUCUACGUUGACUAUCAGGGGGCAUGCCAGGUAACAACCACUCCCGUUCCCUGUACUUGUCCCCGUUAUGUCCGCAAGGUGUGUGGUACGGACGGAAACACUUAUCUGAACCCGUGUCUGCUUGAGUGUGCAGCUAGGGAUGAAGGAUUCGCAAUUUACGUAGACCACCAGGGGGCAUGUGAAGUAACAACCACUCCUGAACCUUGUACCUGCCCUCGGUACGUCCGCAAGGUGUGUGGCACGGAUGGAAAUACCUACCUCAAUCCCUGCCUGCUGGAGUGUGCUAGUAAAGAAGAAGGAUUCCCAAUCUACGUAGACCACCAAGGAGCAUGUCAGGUAACAACCACUCCCGAACCCUGUGCCUGCCCGCGCUACGUCCGCAAGGUGUGUGGGACGAAUGGAAAAACUUACCUCAACCAAUGCCUGCUGGAAUGUGCUGCUAGUGAAGAAGGAUUCGCAAUCUACGUAGACUACCAGGGGGCAUGUCAGGUAACAACCACACCUGAGCCAUGUGCCUGCCCUCGGUACGUCCGCAAGGUGUGUGGCACGGAUGGAAACACCUACCUCAAUCCCUGCCUGCUGGAAUGCGCUGCAAAGGACCAAGGUAUUACCAUCCACGUAGACUAUCAGGGAGAAUGUCAUGACACGACUACUCCUAUCCCCUGUACCUGUCCUCGUUAUCUCAGCAAGGUCUGUGGUACUGAUGGAAUCACGUACCAAAACCCCUGCUUGCUGGAGUGUGCUUCUAGGGAACAAGGCAUCGCUAUCGGUGUGAACCACCAGGGCGAAUGUCAGGAUACGACCACUCCCGAACCCUGCGUGUGCACUCACCAUGUCGACAAGGUGUGCGGCACAGACGGUAACACAUACCUGAACCCGUGUCUGCUCGAGUGCGCUGCAAGGAAAAAUUACGAUAACUUCGUGCUGGUGGCGGCGUACAGCGGCGAGUGCGGGCAGCAGAUAACGACAACGACGGAGGCUCCGUGUUUCUGUCCGCGCUACAUAAGAAAGGUGUGCGGCUCUGACGCCUCCACGUACCAGAACGAGUGUGAGCUCGCGUGCGCCGCUAGAACAUAUCCAGGGCUGAUCGUUGAUUACGAGGGUGAGUGUGGCUCACGGACCACGCCCGAGCCGUGUACUUGCCCGAAAUGGGUGCACCACGUGUGCGGCACCGACGGACGCACGUACCUGAACACCUGCGCGCUGGAGUGCGAGAAGAGAGAGUCAGGAAAUUACGGUAUAACGGUGGCUCAUGAUGGUCCAUGCGGGGCCACGACAGCGGUACCUCCCAACUGUAACUGCCCGAGGCACAUCAGAAAAGUGUGCGGCUCAGACGGAGAGACGUACCUGAACGCAUGCCAGCUGCAAUGCACGAAGACGACACUCGGCGAAGACGACUUGAGGGUGGUUCACCGGGGAGAGUGCAGAGAGGACUGCGCGUGCGGGCGGCUGUAUCGUCCCGUGUGUGGUUCCAACGGUCGCACCUACAACAACCUGUGCCUGCUGGAGUGUGAUGGCAGGACCGAUCCGGACCUCGUUUCUCGCUACGAUGCCGCGUGUCUGCCAGCACCACAGUUUGAGAGCUGCCUCACCCACCAGUGCGAGCAGGAGUACGUCAGGCGGGGCUGUCCGGACCUUACCUACUUCCUCUACCAGUGCCAAGUGACCACGAUGCCGCGAAGGAAAUGUAAAAAGGGUAAGAAGCAUAGAGGACGAGGAGGACGCCACAGCGGACGUAGUGGUGCCGAAGAAUAUUGUUACUACUGCAGGAACAGCGCAGCGGCCGUUAGAAGAAGGGCCCUGUACAAGCUGAAAGAAAUGGCAAACCUAUAG